GCUGUGUAUAAAAGGAGACAGCAGCAGUCGGUGUGUCAUUGAGUAGCGACUUGAGUGAAGCAGCAUCAUGUCUGGCAGAGGGAAAGGAGGCAAAGGACUGGGCAAAGGCGGGGCCAAGCGGCACCGUAAAGUGCUCCGUGAUAACAUCCAGGGCAUCACCAAACCAGCCAUCCGGCGCCUGGCUCGGCGUGGCGGCGUCAAGCGCAUCUCGGGGCUGAUCUACGAGGAGACCCGCGGGGUGCUGAAGGUUUUCCUGGAGAAUGUGAUCAGGGACGCGGUCACCUACACCGAGCACGCCAAGCGCAAGACGGUGACUGCCAUGGAUGUGGUGUACGCUCUGAAACGCCAGGGCCGCACUCUCUAUGGCUUCGGCGGCUGAAGAACUCUGCCCUUUCUCCCGAGCACAACACAAAGGAGACUGGACCGGACCAAGCAGACAGCGCACAAGUCGAACGGAGGGAAAGCUCCUCGCAAACAGUUGGCUACCAAAGCGGCGCGGAAGAGCGCUCCAGCCACGGGCGGAGUGAAGAAGCCCCAUCGUUACAGGCCCGGUACCUUAUCUCUGAGCGAGAUCCGGCGCUACCAGAAAUCCACCGAGUUGCUCAUCCGCAAGCUGCCUUUCCAGCGCCUGGUGCGGGAGAUCGCUCAGGACUUCAAGACAGACCUGCGCUUCCAGAGCUUGGCCGUCAUGGCCCUGCAGGAGGCCAGCGAGGCUUACCUGGUGGGGCUCUUUGAGGACACCAAUCCUGCGAUUAUCAGCAUCAUGUCUGGCAGAGGCAAAGGCGGUAAAGGACUGGGCAAAGGCGGAGCCAAGCGGCACCGUAAAGUGCUCCGUGAUAACAUCCAGGGCAUCACCAAACCAGCCAUCCGGCGCCUGGCUCGGCGCGGCGGCGUCAAGCGCAUCUCGGGUCUGAUCUACGAGGAGACCCGCGGGGUGCUGAAGGUUUUCCUGGAGAAUGUGAUCAGGGACGCGGUCACCUACACCGAGCACGCCAAGCGCAAGACGGUGACUGCCAUGGAUGUGGUUUACGCUCUGAAACGCCAGGGCCGCACUCUCUAUGGCUUCGGCGGCUGAAGAGCUCGCCCCUUUCUCCCGAGCACAACACAAAGGCUCUUUUCAGAGCCACCCACCGCCUCACAGAGGGAGCAGUGACCCGGAGAUCUGAUGAAAUGUCAUUGGCCUGAAAUAUUAACUUGUUUCUCCCCCACAAUGUUCGAUUAUAUUUCAGGGGAGACCUGGAUGCAAGAGAUAUUCAGGUAAUUAUAGACAAUUCUGCGGGGCUAAGUGGGGGUUUUGUAGAUAAAUGUUCAGAUGAAAAUAUUCGCACCACUUGGUCACCGGUUGCACUGUUGGUGAUUGAAUUUGUUCAGGAAGGAGUGACCGGGUGGAUGACCCCA